ACUGAAGGACAAAUUUAGGAGGAGGAAGCAGGCCCGCUUCCCUAAGGACAGUCACAGCCUGUGCUAAGCCAUCCUAGCACCAUGAGCUUACUGGCAGCCCAACCAACAAGGUAAAGUGCCCACCUUACAUUGUUCCAAGUCAGGAAAUGGACACCUACAUGAGGAGAUUCAUCACCUCGAGGCCACAGGAACUGGAAAGUCCAAGGACCAAUUUCUGACAAACUUAGGAAAGGGGCUCUGGGCCACCAAACUGGCUGGUCAGGGUGAUUAGGGAACUCUGAAAACAAUCCUGCUGCCUCCCUACCCCCAGAUUCAACCUUCCCACCGCCACAACAGGGGGAAACUGAGGCAGCAGCCAGCCACGUGAAGGUGCCGGCAUCACUGUGAGCAGCCUCGAGGUGUAGGGAAGUCGGGGAGUCCAGGCAGCCAGUGAGAACUAGAGACCUUGGUGCUGGGUCUCUGUGAGUGGAAAGUGGUAACACAGGCGUUCAUGGAUGUGGUCUUGUGGGGGUGUAGAUAGGCAUGUGAGCAUGGGCUAGUCACUGUGUGAAUAUGUGUAAAUGUGGUUUAGGAGUAUGUGAUUGUGUGUGUGCUGAGUGUACUAGUGGGAAGUGAGGGGACACCGAACACUUUAUCGGUGGUCCCUCUGAUCAUUAGGUCCUCCCUCCAGCACGGGGCAAGGACCAGUAACAUAGCUGGGAGGGGAAGGCCACUCAGGAGGAGGACAGGGACAAGUUCUGGGAACGAGGCUGUGACCACAUUAGAGGGUGACAGGUGACAGGUGGGUGGCAGAAUCCAUUCCCAAGACCCUGGAUUGUUGCCGGAAAUCUGCCGAGCAGGGUAGUCAGGCUGGGGGAGGGGGAGCUUCUUGGGAUCUCCAGCCACCCUCCAGAAGCACGUGGAGAGCACAUGUGACGGACAGUGGCCACCCGGGCACCUGACUCUCCUUGACCCCUCUCUGUGCCCUCUGGCAGCCCAACCUCCCUGACAAGAUACCGCAGGGCAGAGGGCAAAGGCCGGUUCUCCGCCCCCUUUAUAAAGAGGCCCCAGACUGGUGGAGCUCUGGAGGUGGAGUGAGAGUGCCCCACUGGCCUGGUCCUGGGUGCCGGCUUGGUGAGGAACCCACCGCACACGGAGGCAGCCAUGGGGCUGCUGUCUGGGGACAUGCUGGGGGCCCUGGCCGUGGCCUUGCUCAUCUUCUCGCUCUUGCUGGACCUGAUGCACCGGCGCUCACGUUGGGCCGCACGCUACCCACCAGGCCCCACGCCGCUGCCCGUGCUGGGUAACCUGCUGCAGGUGGACUUCGAGGACCCGCGUCCCAGCUUUAGCCAGCUGCGGCGCCGCUUCGGGAACGUGUUCAGCCUGCAGCAGGUCUGGACGCCUGUAGUCGUGCUCAACGGGCUGGCAGCAGUGCGCGAGGCGCUGGUGUACCGCAGCCAGGACACUUCCGACCGUCCACCUCCGGCCGUCUAUGAGCACCUGGGUUACGGGCCGCGCGCUGAAGGAGUAAUCCUGGCGCGUUAUGGGAACGCGUGGCGGGAGCAGCGGCGCUUCUCCUUGUCCACCCUGCGCAACUUCGGCCUGGGGAAGAAGUCACUGGAGCAGUGGGUGACCGAGGAGGCCUCUUGCCUCUGUGCCGCCUUCGCCGACCAGGCCGGACGUCCAUUUAACCCCAAGGACCUCCUGAAUAAAGCAGUGAGCAACGUGAUCGCCUCCCUGACCUUCGGGUGUCGCUUCGAGUACAAGGAUCCUCGCAUCGUCAAGCUGUUGGACGUGAUGGAGGAUAUGCUGAAAGAAGAAUCUAGCUUAGUGCGCCAGGUGGUGGAAGCUGUGCCAGCGCUCCUGCGCAUCCCAGGGCUCGCUGCCAAGAUCUUCCCGGGGCAGAAGGCCUUCAUGGCCCUGAUUGAUGAGCUGAUCGCUGAGCAGAAGAUGACCCGGGACCCGACUCAGCCACCCCGAGACCUGACCGACGCCUUCCUGGAUGAGGUGAAGGAGGCCAAGGGGAACCCCGAGAGCAGCUUCAAUGAUGCGAACCUUCGCCUGGUGGUGGCCGACCUGUUCUCCGCCGGGAUGAUCACCACCUCGACCACACUGGCCUGGGCCCUCCUCCUCAUGAUCCUGCACCCAGACGUGCAGCGACAUGUCCAGCAGGAAAUCGAUGAGGUGAUAGGGCAGGUGAGGCGACCAGAGAUGGGGGAUCAGGCCCUCAUGCCCUUCACCGUGGCCGUGGUCCAUGAGGUGCAACGCUUUGCAGACAUCAUCCCUCUGGGAGUGCCCCACAUGACAUCCCGUGACAUCGAGGUGCAGGGCUUCCACAUCCCAAAGGGGACGACACUCAUCACCAACCUGUCGUCAGUGCUGAAGGACGAGACCCUCUGGAAGAAGCCCUUCCGCUUCCACCCGGAGCACUUCCUGGAUGCCCAGGGCCGCUUCGUCAAGCAGGAGGCCUUCAUACCCUUCUCCGCAGGCCGCCGCGCGUGCCUCGGGGAGCCCCUGGCCCGCAUGGAGCUCUUCCUCUUCUUCACCAGCCUCCUGCAGCGCUUCAGCUUCUGGGUGCCUGCCGGGCAGCCACACCCCAGCUACCACGGUGUCUUUGCCUUCCUGGUGUCCCCAGGCCCGUACCAGCUCUGUGCGGUGCCCCGCUAGAGGCAGGCACCCAGCCCCCAACCUCAGCGGUAGCCCUGAUGUUCAAUAAACCAGUGUCUGGUGGCUCCA